GAGGACGAAACCUGGGGCUUCUUUCCUUCAGGGGCAUUUAACUGGGAGUUUAUGGAGGCUGCAGCCGUGGAAAAUGAAGAUCUCCUCUGUGGUCUUCGCUCUCCUCACUCGAGCUCUGCUUGGAGAUUUGUGUCGGGCCAUUAACGUCACCAUCACCCCUUACCCCUUCACGGUGGCCCAGGAGGGUCAGAACAUCACGCUGUCCUGCGUCGUGUCCCAGCGGAAACGGAACGCCGCUCUCCCGGUGGUGAAAUGGACCUUCCUGCCCGAGGGCACGGACCGACCCGAGGACGAGCUCCUCAUCGCCCGGGUCAACAUGAGGAAGGCGCGCUUCUAUGGGAACUACACGAAGAGCUUCCCGUGGCCCAAGCUGAAGCUGACGGUGGUGAAGCAGGGCAAGAUCUUUGACCUGGUGAUCUUGAACGUGUCCGAGGGGGAUCGAGGGCUCUACAUGUGCCGGGUGCAGGAGUUUAGAAAGCACCAGGACCGCUGGAAGGCCGCAUCGAACUGCACCACUGCCACGGAGCUCAGAGUGCAUGUCCUACCGGCCACCAAAGCCAAAGAAAGCCUGUGGAGCUUGUUUGAAGACGUGUACCUGUGUGCAGUGCUCAUCUGCUCGGUUGGUUUGCUGUGUAUGUGCAUGUUCACGGUGACAGUAACCUGCCAGUUCAUACAGAGGAAGCAGAGGUUAAAAGAUAAUUACCUCUUGGUCAAAAGCCCUCAGAACAGCUCAGGAGAGACCGUCACCAGCAUGGUCAAUAUGUCUCCUGCCCUGCCUAAGAAAGAGAGGAGGUACAGGAAGAAAAGGAGCAGGGACUACCAGGACGAGAUACCUCCAGAGAUACCAGCAAAAGCUCCCAUUGGAGACAAAACACGGAAACCUAAACUUUUAAAACCACAACCGAGAAAAGUAGUGCUGCCGAAGAUAGUGGAGGAGAAUCUGACCUACGCAGAGCUGGAUCUCGUGAAGCCAAUUCCUGAACCCAAGGCGUCGUGCAGCGGCACCGUGUACGCUCAGAUCCUGUUCGGGGAGCAGCAGCUAUGAGACACACACACACACACACACACACACACACACACACACACACACACACACACACACACACACACACACACACACACACACACACACACACACACACACACACACACACACACACACACACACACACACACCACUACUAACUGUGCCUUAUGUAUAAAGUAUUGUCUAUUUAUAGUCUGUAUUGUGUUUUUGAACGGCAGGAUGUGUCAACAUUAGGACUAAAUGUGUACAUAGGAUUCUAAAUGUUCUACUUUUCUGAUUCAAAGGGAGGUUUUUUGUAUACUGAAUUUUUAUUUUGCACCAAUGUUUGAAUUCUAGGAACACAAUAGGACAUUUGCACAGAUUUGUCCAUCGUGACAGAGUGGAGGAUACUCAAAUGUGAACAGAUUGCAAAUUUAACUGUCUAAUUAGUGUCCAGUGUGCAGUACGUACUGAUUGAGCAUGCAGUGUUGCCAACUCCAUAGUAAGGAAAGUUGCUAUUGGCCGUCCUAAAACAAUUACCUAUUUGAAUGUGAUUGAAUGUGAUUGUAAUGGACAAAAAGGGGGGAUAUGUUCAGAACAAUGAAUGAACUUUCUUCUGUUGAUUUUUAAAUGUUAGAAUAUCACAUUUAUUCAAAAGACUGUUAUGUGGGAUGGAAUUGCCAACUCUACGUCCAACCUUCCCUCUUUAUCCGGGCUUGGGACCAGCAAAGUGACUAAAAAAGUGACACUGCGGCUUUGUGCAUGCACGAUUUAUCUGCACUCAAUGCCUGAAAAGUCUCCAAUGACAUCAGAACAAGCAGCUCCGGAGGAUUUGGGAAGUUGGCAACACUGUUAGUAUGUUAGCUACCCUCGUCUUGACAUUUCUUAAUUGGUUUCACUCACCUUUAAUUGGAAUUGUGGGGAAAACCAUCUAAAUCCUUCUUAUGAAAGAAAGAAAAAGGUGAAUUAAAGACAUCCCUGUACUGUGUUCCCAGCAGCCUGCAGUUUAUAACGACCACAUCUCCACAGAGUUGAUAUUUAAAUAGCCAUUAGCCCACCGACCUCACUCACAGUGAAGCACUUGAGACCAAGCGGGCCCUUUCAUCUGCUGCCAACAUCAACUAAACAGGCCGUUAGCGUGAGCGAUAACAUCCGAGGGUGGAGUAACGUGUGGGCUUGGUAUCCUUGACACAUUUAAGAAACUGUGCCUGGACUAUUUCACGGUAACUUUGAAUCUAAAGGUGAAGUCAUAUCAGCUGGAGUCCCGCUCUCCGUGAAUCUGAAAGUGCUUAGGUUUCUUUUUCCGUCGAACGAUCCUUUUGGAUUCAGGCAUGGAAAAGCAAAGGAGAGCCUUUUUAACAGAGAACUUGAAACCCAGACAUAAAAGCACCCUCCCUUCCCCCACCCCAAGACUCCCACUAUCUUAUGUGGAAUUAUCCAAUUCGAUUCAAGUCUCACAGUUUCCACCAAUGUCAAACUUUAGCUAAACCAGCUGGUGAUCAAUAUUUGGAGUAUUUAGUCACCAUCUCAUAUCAUCUGACUCUUCCGUAAAACAUUUGGAAAUGCACUUAUAUGGUAUUUUGAAUUAUUUAAACUGUGUUGUCCUAGCUGGGGGUUGUAGUGAUGACCCAUUAUUCCAAAAUCCAAAAAAUCCCAGCACUGUCCCGACCAUGGUGCCAUCAAGACCCGCCUUACUCUGGCUCUGAUUGGCUAUCACUUGAGGUCUUUAUUGAUUGGAUUUCUGAACAAUGGCCAUUUCAUUUCAGAAUAAGGAGGACAAAUGGGCUUUUUUAAGACUUGGAUAAAGGGCCAACACAACAAUUGCACGGCAGCAGCCAGUAUUUAUUGGAUUGGUAAGAGAGUCAGUAUACCGUUUGGAACAGACAGCUCUCUCUGUCUUUGAAAAUGUAAAGAAAGUCUUGGCUGCCAACCAGUGGACACCACCAAACACAGUACAGGCAGAUGUCAACCAGUGUAAACAUUACAUUUUCGUUCAAACCACUAUCAACGUCCCUGUGUUACCAUUCCAGUUUUCCAUUGUUGUUCUCUUGUGUGUAUUUAUCCAUAUAUGAAACGACUGAAAGUGACUUUUCAGUGGCGGGCAGAAGUGCCCUUAGACUGUGAAAUGUAAAGUUUCUUCCAGACCACAUUGUCCUUAAUGGGAGUCCACUAACUAGAACCAUGUGUGUGAAUUUUUUUGCCUCUCCUUCUCCCACUCUUCCUCCCCUCUCCCUGCUCACCACUGACCUCUGCAUUCAUUAACUCCCCAGUUCGUUUUGUACAUCUCAUCUGUUCAGUGUGUAUCAGUAAGUGAAAUAAAUCUAAAAAUGAGCA